AUGAGCCGGGGGCUGGAAAAUCUGCGCGGCGGACGCGGAGUUGCAGUUUCCCCCGACAACAAGAUCUGGGUGGCUGAUCGGUCCACAACGCGCCUCAAAGUGUACAGCAUGGAAGGCGUUUACCUGUACCAGUUCCCACAAGCUGCUUCAGGGCUAGGGUACUCAUCAAAGACACCAUCUGAUGUGUCCAUCGACAAGGAUGGUCAUCUGUGGGUCUUGAUGAUUGGGUACCCUGCCAGCCCUGACUCCGUGGUACAGGUGACCAGGGAUGGUGAUCUCAGAGCCAACUUUGACCUGCCUGACACUGUGCCACGGGGGGCGCUCCGCGGAAUGGCCGUGGGCUUGUGCAACAACCACGUUUACGUCACAUGGUCUGACGGUCUCUCCCGUGGUGGUGUGCAGGCCUUCACGCCGGAUGGGAAACUCCUGUGGAAUGCCGGCCAGAGGAUGGUGAAGCCGAUGUACGUCGCCGUUGACGGGAAAGAAAACGUCCUCGUCUCUGACUUUGACACUAACUUCAUCUACAUGUACGACGAGACCGGCCGGUACGUGAUGAAGUUCGGAGGACCGGGACUGAGUGGUGGCCGCCUGGAUCGUCCCGAAGGCAUCUGUGUGGACAGUUCCGGCGAGAUCAUGGUGGUGGAUGCAUCCAACAAGCGCGUGGUGAUGUACACGGGCCGGGGUAAGUACGUCCGUCACAUCGCUCUCCGUGCGGAAUCCCUACCAGCAGGGGUGGCAGUGGGGCCGGGGGGACAGCUAGUUGUGGCCCAUAGUCGCACUAUCACUGUCCUCCCCCGCUACUGA